CCAAUACUUACCACAUGCCUGCUGCUAAUUGUCAAAGAUGAAACAAUCGCUUUGGGCUAGACUUCAACAGAGAAAGAACAAUUGUUUCAGAAUUUGCUGGAGCAGGUGGUUGAGCAACUUUCAAGGGUAUUUAAAAUUGAUGAAUUGAAAACUGAACUAUUUAAUCAACUGGCAAUGCUGGAGAAAAGAGUGGAACUGGAAGGAUUGAAAAUAGUGGAAAUUGAAAAGUGUAAGAGUGACAUUAAAAAGAUGAGGGAUGAAAUGGCUGCAAGAAGUACCAGGACCAACUGCCCUUAUAAAUACAGUUUCCUGGAUGAAAACAAGAAGUUUAUACCCCAAAGGGAUGCCCCCUCUUAUCCUAAGUACAAGCUGUCUCAGGAGACAAUAGGAGCUCUUAGGAAACCAACUUUUGAUGUCUGGCUGUGGGAACCCAAUGAGAUGCUGAGUUGUUUAGAACAUAUGUAUCAUGAUUUAGGAUUGGUGAAAGACUUUAAUAUCAACCCUAUCACAUUGAAACGGUGGCUGCUGUGUAUUCAUGACAAUUACAGAAACAAUCCAUUCCAUAAUUUUCGACAUUGCUUCUGUGUUACCCAGAUGAUGUACAGCAUGAUCUCACUCUGCAAUCUCCAGGCAAAGAUUUCCAGAAUGGAUAUCUUAAUGCUAAUGACAGCAUCAGUGUGUCAUGAUCUGGAUCACCCAGGAUAUAAUAACACGUACCAGAUCAAUGCACGAACAGAGCUAGCUGUGCGCUACAAUGAUAUUUCCCCAUUAGAGAAUCAUCACUGUGCAGUGGCUUUCCAGAUCCUUGCACAGCCAGAAUGCAACAUUUUAUCCAAUCUUGAUAAUGAACAGUUCAAACGGAUCAGACAGGGAAUAAUUACAUUAAUCCUAGCAACAGACAUGGCACAGCAUGCUGAAAUAUUGGAUUCUUUCAAAGAAAUCUUAGAUGAGUUUGCCUAUUCAAAUGAGGAACAUGUAACUCAGUUGAAGAUGAUAUUGAUCAAGUGCUGUGAUAUCUCCAACGAAGUUCGCCCAAAGGAAAUAGCAGAACCAUGGGUGGACUGCUUAUUGGAAGAAUAUUUUAUGCAGAGUGACCGGGAAAAGUCUGAAGGCCUUCCAGUGGCAUCUUUUAUGGACCGAGACAAAGUGACAAAACCUACAGCACAGAUUGGCUUCCUCAAAUUUGUUCUUAUUCCAAUGUUUGAAACCGUAACAAGGCUUUUUCCAGAAGUUGAAGACGUAAUGCUCCAGCCACUUUGGGAAUCCAAAGAUCGCUAUGAGGAGCUGAAACAAAUAGAUGAUGCUAUGAAAGAGGUCAGGACAGCACCUUCUCAGUUUCAGAAGAAGAAGAAUGAAAGUUUGACAUGUGAAACCAGAAAGAAAUGAAAAGCAAAGCACAAAGCAUUACAGUUGAUAAAAAAAAGAUCCUUUAGCGGUUUGGCAAGUUCAUUGAAGCAUUGUGGGAUUAUCCAGCAUGGAUCAAGAAUGAAGCUGAAUAAUUAACACUACUCAAGCACUUUUCACAUUCCUUUUCUAAAGACUAGUAUUUUUCCUAAUGAGUGCAAAUGUUAAAGUGCCACCAUUGUUGCAUACAUUUUUUUAAUUUUUAAAGUGGUCUUUUAAAUAAUAUAUUCUUAUACCAAAACAAACAAAUGGUUGUUGUAAUUAUUCCCUUUGUAUAUUUUAUAUGUGAUUAUUUUUAAUGCAUUGGGUGACUUUCUGGAAACGUUGGGAUGUGUGUGUGUAAUGAAUUUAUAUGAAGAGUCAUUUCAGAAAUAGUUACAGUAUAAAAUAGGAACCAGAUUCUGCCCCACUUUCUGCUUUCUUUCUGUCACUUUUCUCACGUUUGACAAAACAUCAAUUUUAGCUAAGAAAACAGUUCUCUGCUUUACUGGUCAGCAGCUGUUUGCAACAGCUUGAGAGAAUUGAAGCCCGGGGCUACCUCUCAUUGCUUGUUCUUCAUUCCAUUUCCACAAAUGCUGCUUUGUUACACUCAUUUUUAUAACUGAACUGUUCCCUCUAAAAACAGAGAUUACGUCCGAGGAAAUUAAGUGUGCAGUCUGCUAUUUUCCCAGAAAGGCAUGUGGCCUCCAGAAAGAUUCCAAAACUUGUUGUCAAAUGAUCAUUUUUAAUGUGACUCCCAAAAUAUAAAAUUAUUAAUUUUGUGGCUGUAAUCCUAUUAAUAAUUUAUUUUAAAUUCCAUGGCAUGUUAAUUUCAACUACAUUUUAAAUCUAAUCUAGUUUUUAUUGUAGACUUGACCACUUUUUGGAAUGCGAUUCUUGGCAAACCAUUGUAAGACCUGUCCUUAAAUUCUGAAACAAUCAAGAUGCUGUUGAUAUCUGUGGCAUUAUUGACAUGGGUUCAGCAACCCCAUGAAGCCAAGGCAUUGGGGCAGAGACCCAGAAGCCUAACCAGCAGAUGAACAGAAUCACCUUGUCAUGCAACAGUUCUGGCAUUCUUCUCUUUAAAGUAAACUAUUACAAAUUACCAGUGAAAGAAGGAUUUAUCAAAACACAAUUCAGCUGUUAUUUCAGCAUUUCUUCUACAGCAGCAAUUGGGCAAAACCUAAUUGGCUUAGCUAGUGAAAUUCUCCAAAAUACUGUAUCAUGAGGAUCGGUCCUAGAUCAGACACAAAUCUUGGAUAUGGAAGGAGUCUAAAAAUUAUCUACCUGUGUUACUCAAAAGCUCAAUAAGCUAUUUGGAUAGAAAGAGAGAUUGUAUGGCAACCACCACUACACUGCUCUUUCAAGGACGAAUGGUGCAGUAGUAUAAUCAACAACUAAAGCUGCACUUGGAGUAGGUAUUUUUCUUCUACCUUUAGUUUUUAUCACUAUUCAAUUCUUUUGCUAUACAGACUCAUUUGGUCUUAUAUAGUUGUCUGAAAUAAUCUACAAACAUAACACUUCAGUAAGCUUAUGUUCGUCUAGUGAACCAUUGGCAAGAUUUGGUUUAACCAAAAUUGGUAUGCCUGCAGUAUUUUUUUCUUUGAAGAAAAAUCUACCUCAUGUGGUAGAUAUCCUGCAAUAAGGAAUAUUGCAGUUUACUUGUUAAAAUCUUCACAAUUGGGUAAAUCGCAAGAUGGGAUAGAGUGGAUCUUCAAAAACAAGCCAACAAAUCUCAUUCAAAGUAAGGUGUCCGAGGUGGAUAAUCUUGACAGAAAGGAUGUCUUCAGAUGUCUGCCUACAUUAACCAAGAGAUUGGUAACCAUUUUAUAAAGAUGAGAAUGAUUAUGGUCCAGUUUGGAGUGGAACCUCUGCUCAGCUAAUGGAUCUUUUCAAAUCAUGUGUUGCAUUGGGCCAAAGGAUAUUAACAACACAGUGCCUUAUGCACACAUAACACAUACAAAAGCUAGAAUAGGCAAAAUGAACUGUUUUUUAAAAAAAUGGGUCUAGUUCAAAUAUCAUGUUAAGCUACAAUGUGAUUUAAUUUUGACUUGGUGUACCAUGUGGUCUUUAUUAUCAUUUAUUAUCCACUAUUGCUAUUCCUAUUGCUAUCCACAGCUAAUGACUUUUGAUAUACACAGGAAAUUUGGCUUUACACAAUGUGUGAAAAAACAAUGAGAAAAGAUAUGUUAUCUGACUGGGAUAAAAUGAGGUGCAAAGAGACCCUCAAAGACUCUUCUGUAUGAUGCACUGAGUUUUGACAGCCAAGUCAAGAUUAACCAAUAAAUGAAAAAUCUUGGGAAGAAAUGUGAUAGGCAGCAUAUAGACAAAUAAAAUGUUGGGCGUAUUCCUGAGUUUAGUCCAAAGUUUUGCUUAAUUGUAUAACUGCCCUUAUGUGGGAGUCGCAAUGGACUGUUUUAAUUGUGCAGGAUCCAAUCCAGGACCAGAGAUUUUACCUUUGUUUUAAUUAUUGAAGUACUUUAUAUCGAUUUACUCACAUAUACUGCCCAGUCAGCCAGAUUGGGGCAGCUAACACAUGUUCCUAAAUAAAUACAGAUGAGCACCAGAAAUAUGUACAAAACAGGAAAGAGAAAUACCUGUGAUGUUUCCGUUCUUCAAAACAGAUGCUUAGAAAAUACAUUGAAGAUGAACACAAUGAUUAAAGAGAAAUAAAUACCAACUACCUAUCUUCUUCUUCACCUACCAUCAAGGUGUUACUAAAAUGAGAAUGUAUGGAAUUUCUACUCUGAACUUUCACAAGUUGUUCUACUUAUAAAUACAGAACCACACAUAAGGAAGGUGCUGCAUUCCAAGGACAUGAAUGUUUCUUAUUGAAGAACACAUCCAUGCCAGUUAAAUGCAGCUUGCUAAAACCCAAUUCUUUUCACACAAAAAAGGAAAUAUGUAGGUGGGAGCUCCAACUUUUCUUCCACACAAGAGGAAAUAAAUGCCAGGCUUCCUUUGCCAGAAGACAAAGCUGGUUCACUUAACUGAAUAAUAAUCUCCCCAUGUUCAUUAUGGUAAGAUGCUUUGGAGGACCAUAACUUGUAUUCAUCUUUGGAUUUUAAUGUAUUUCUCCAUGUGUUUAGGAUGAAUGAUUUGCUGUUUUUUAAUCCAUUACUGGUGAUGAAGAAUAUUGUUUAAUCCACCCACAACGUAGAUUUUGCACAAUUUUGUAGUCAUCCAAUUAGUAAUUAGCCCACUUCUGAGGAAGAAGGUUGAAAAUGUCCUUAUUUAUGAGUUGUUGUUUGGAGGCACUUAUGCAUCAAAUGAAUUAAAUGCAUUCUUCUAAACAGCUGUAACUUCUUAAAAUGAAACCAAAAUACACUGCUAUCGUGUUCUGUUAUUGUAUUUCUGAUAUUUAUCACAAAUCUCUGGGCUGCUUCCCUCUCCAAAUUAAAGAUGAUUAUAUGAGAAAAAAUGGUUUGAGGCAAGAGAAAACUGUAAAGAGCUUGCACCUGCAUUUUCUAUUCAUUGCCAUUAUAUAUGAGCAUAUUAACUUGUUAUUACACUCUUAGCAGCUAAACACUAAGCCUACCAGUCUUUGAGAGCAAAAUUCAAAUUGCUGUUUAUGACCUCCAACAGCUCCAAUAGGUUAACAGAGUGUUUAAAAGCCUGCUUUUUUCCUGUCAUAAUUUUAAUUUUUAUUAAAAUAUAUGGCCAUAGACAAAAAAGUUGAAAAUACAGAAUAUAAAUCUGUGUAUUUGUACCUAUGACUAAGCUAGCUAGAUUACUGACUUUCACUGUCAUGACCUAAAAUUUGGCCACGAUUUUGGAUGCUUCCUGAUCCUGGUCAUUUCGAAAGUAUCACACAGUUGUCAAUCCAGAUUUAUCUUGACCAGGGUUAGGAGAUUAAAUCAGUAUAAUUUUAAAUAUUGCAUCAUACAUGCUAACAAGAUACAAAUAUUUCAAAUUCACACUAAACAACAUGGUAUUGUCUACAUAAAAAUUACAUGUACAUUCAUGUCCCCAAUACUUCUCUAAGGUCAUCAUAUGCAUUUCUUAUACAUUUUUACACAGAUAUUGAACAACCAAGGUGGUCUCAUACAUCCUAGUCUAAUUCCUGCUCAAUGUCAAGCCAUUUCUUUAUUCUCAUGCAUGCUUUAUAUUGCAUUCUUACCACAUUCGGUAAUCAACUUACAGCUGUGCAGUGUUCUGUAAUUCAAGCCUAUUCACUUUAUCAUAUCCUUUUUCAAAACCACAAAAUGUGCAAUAAAAUUUAUUUCUCAGUUACUUGCUAAAGAUCAAAAAUAUGAUCUGUAUAUUUCUUUUUUGGCAUAAAGUCAUAUUAAAUAUCUCAGAUUUAGGUCAUUGUUGCCUCUUGUGUCCUUUCAAUCAAAAUUAUAAAUUUUUCCAGGCAUACUUACCAAGCUGUUCUAUUUGUUUGUUUGUUUAUUUACUGUAGUUUGUUUAUUUACUGUACAUAAGAGUUACUUGGGCAGCUUACAGAAGCAGAAUAAUUAAAAUUAUAUUACAAUAUAAAAACAUUGUGUUGGAGCCCAACCUCUGGGAACCUCUCUCUAUAUGCUAUACCCACAGAGAGAGGUUCCCUGCGGGUGGGCUCCAGCACAAGUCCAAAAGCUUGUAAGAUUAAAUCUGGUCACGGUGACCAACUCAGAUUGGAUCCUGCAUGGAUGACAUGCUUAGUUUGACAUGUAUGUCUGUGUAUUUAUGUGUUUGAAAAAUUAGAUAAUAAUAUUUCAAGCUCAGCUCCAUUCAUUUCACAAACAUAUGCAAGUAAUACAAUACAGGUACUUCCUUCAGAUUAGUUUUGAUGGGGUUUUUUUGUUCAUUUUUUUCUUUCCCAAAUCCUUAACUUUAGGGAUUGGUAGUCUCCCAUCAGUGGUGGGAUUCAUUUUUUUUUUACUACUGGUUCUGUGGGAGUGGCUUGGUGGGCGUG